UUAUAGUGUUAAUGACAUCUUCAUGAACUUGCAUAAGGACAUCGGGAAAACAGCGGUUCAAAAAUGUCUUGACCAGCUCGUGGCCGAUGGCUGUGUUAAGGAGAAGGUAUAUGGCAAGCAAAAAGUGUAUGUGUUUGACCAAUCACAAUUCCCUCCCCUUGAUGAGACCCAACUUAAGGAGAUGGACAGAAAGAUCACAGACCUUAAUGAAACCAUCAAACAAAAGGAAAGAAUUUGUGGGGAGACUGAAGCCAGACUGCGUUCUCUGAAUUCCAGUUUGACUACUGAGGAAGCAGUAAAGAAAUUGCAGGAUUUGGAGGAAGAAGUGUCGAGACUACAGAAGAAACUGGCAGACCUACAAGAAAACCAGGUGCUGAUCUCAAAAGAAGAAAAAGAUCAAAUCAAUUCAGAAAAUGAGAAGAUGGUGAAGAUGUGGAGAAAGAGAAGACGAAUGGCCAUGGAUAUUCUCGAUGCCAUCCUCGAAGGAUAUCCAAAGAAGAAGAAGGAUUUAUUUGAUGAUAUUGGCAUUGAAACAGAUGAAGACGUUGGUGUCAAACUGCCAAAGGCUUAAGAAAUUAUAUUUAUUAAUAAUGUAGUUUUGCAGUUUUGCAGAAAUACAUGCUAAGAGGAGUGAAAGCUACCAGUUAUAUAGAAUUUCUUGUGUUUCAUAUUCAAGCACAAAAUUCUAAAUGAAGUAGGCCUACAUUUAUAUUAUUAUUUCAGGUUAAGUUCUUGUGAAACCUUUUUUUCAAAUUACAAAUGUGUUUAUAGACUUUUUCAUUUUUUUCCCCUUCUUUCCUUCUUCCUCUUUCCCUUUUCUAUCUUUCUUUCUUCUAAGGGAAGAGACAGAUGAAUUAGAUUUUUUUCUGAUUUGACUAAGGUACUACAUUCUUAACAGUUUUUUUAUUUUUUAUGAGUUCAAAAAAAGUAAAGCGCAGCUUGGUAUUGGAAUAUAUGUAUGAAUUGCUUAUGUUGUGAAAAUGUAUGAUCUGUUAUAUGUGAAUGUAAAUUAGAGUUAUAUACUUUCUAUAUAGAUUUUUUUAUGGUAUAGUGUUUAUGGAUUAUCUGGCUGUAAGAACAAGAUUUAUCUAUUUCUUGAAAUGUAUGGAUACAUGUAUCACUAUCAUAUUGAAAAUCAAUAUUAAUAAUUUCCA